CCAACGCAUUCUCUAAUCCAGAAAACUUCCGACCCGUCGCGGCACUAUUCUGCUCGGGAAAAAAAUCCUCACGAGGAGCGUGCGAGCGAGCGCUUUGCGUGCGAGGCGAGACCGUCCCCCCGAUUCGAUCCGCGUGACGAGAGAGAUGGACUCCUUCUACUCGGCCCCGUCGGCGGCGAACGGCGGCUGGGGCUACGACUCCCUCAAGAACUUCCGUCAGAUCUCCCCCGCCGUUCAGACCCACCUCAAGCUCGUCUACCUGACCCUAUGCGUGGCGCUGGCCUCGUCGGCGGUGGGCGCUUACCUGCACGUCGCCUGGAACAUUGGUGGGAUUCUGACCAUGCUCGGGUGCGUGGGCAGCAUCGCGUGGUUGUUCUCGGUGCCUGUCUACGAGGAGAGGAAGAGGUAUGGAUUGUUGAUGGCUGCUGCCCUCCUGGAAGGGGCGUCGGUUGGACCUCUGAUCAAGCUCGCUGUAGACUUUGACUCAAGCAUCCUCGUGACAGCAUUUGUUGGAACCGCCAUUGCGUUCGCGUGCUUCUCUUGCGCCGCCGUCGUAGCCAAGCGCAGGGAGUACCUCUACCUUGGUGGUCUGCUUUCUUCUGGCCUCUCCAUCCUGCUCUGGCUGCAGUUCGCCGCUUCCAUCUUUGGUCACUCCACUAGCAGCUUCAUGUUUGAGGUUUACUUUGGCCUGUUGAUCUUCCUGGGGUACAUGGUGUAUGACACUCAGGAGAUCAUCGAGAGGGCUCACCACGGCGACAUGGACUACAUCAAGCACGCUCUCACCCUCUUCACCGACUUCGUGGCUGUCCUUGUCCGCAUCCUCGUCAUCAUGCUCAAGAACGCAGCUGACAAGUCGGAGGACAAGAAGAGGAAGAAGAGGUCGUGAACGUUCCUUCUGCACAUACUCCUAGUAGAUACUACCACUACUGCUAUUAUUGCCACCACUACUACGACUACGUAGAGAAGAGAAGCUACCACAACUGGAUGCUGUGGUGGAAAUGAAGUGUUGUUUCUUUGUUGAUUGUUUGUUCGUUGUGAAUCUGGUGAAGCUUUGCAUAAACGCUAGUACAAUCCAGACCUGUCUGUGUUCAUGCUGAAUAUUGGCCUUGAUCUGAACCUAAAACGGCAAUGAAGAUGGUAACAUUGCACAGUUUCGC